AUGUAUAAAGAAGAUAUUGAUGGAAAAGAUGUUAGAAGACGUGAAGGUAGAAGAGGAGGAUUCUGGAAAUACUCAAAAUUCGACGAAGAAGCAUUUAAUGAAAAAAUCCAAAAUUAUAUUUUAUCAACUUCUUCAUCACAAAAUAUAACCAAGGUUGAUAAUAUAAAUGUAUUAGGUUUGCUUGAAUCAUUCUACGAUGCUAUAAUUACAAGUAACGUGAAUUAUGAAAAUGUUGAAGCUCACGAUGACGCAACUAUUACUAAAGAUAAAGAAACAUCAUCUACUUCUUAUGACAAUGAUGACGGGGACGAAAAUAGCUCAGCUGUUAGAUUAUUAAAAUCAAUUAAGCAUAAUAACGAUCUUAUAAUCAAGAAUAAUGAUCUUAUUAAAUCUUCUUCGUUUUCGUCUUAUUUAUCAUCACCGGAAUAUCUGUUCAACUUUAACCACUUGUUUGAUUCUUCCAAUUAUUCUAAAUGUUAUAUAGCAUUUACAAAUCCCCCAUCAAUUUCGCCAAACGUGACGAAAUAA